CUGCACAACCAUCGCCGCCGGUGAACUGAGUAAAUUUCCGAGAUGGAGGAAGAGAUGACGCCGGUGAAUCGUCGAGUAUCGAGUCGGACUCGUAAGGUUGCUACGAAGAUGGCGGCGGCUCUUACAAGCAAUGACAAUCGAACUCAGGCUGCUAUAGCUCGGCUUGAGGCUUUAGAGAACGACAAUGGUGCUAUUGAAGUGGUAGAUUUGAACGAUGAUGAAGAAGCUUCUCUUGAUGAAGACGAUGAUAUUGGUUACUUACAGAAGAAGCAACACAAAGGAUCAAAGCGUAAAACUCGACAAGCUAAAGCUUUAGAAGCUCGUAGAGCUCCUAAAUCCUUCCUUGAGCUAUUGCAGGAGGCAAAUUUGGAGUCCUUACCAGCGCAUGUGCCGACUUAUUUGAAAGCAGCCGUUGGACCUCCGAGUUGUUCUUCUCGUCGCCAUUUCUGCUCGGUUUGUGGUUAUAUUGCAGGCUACAAUUGUUGCUUAUGUGGUAUGAGGUUUUGUUCCAUUCGUUGCCAGAACAUUCACAAGGAUACUCGUUGUCAAAAAUUUGUUGCAUAGGAAAGAUUAAACGUCAAUGUAAUAUAUUUUCGGAAUGGAUUUGGAACAUCGAUGAAUUCAUAUC